AUAAAAAACUAUUUAUAUACCAUCUUAUUCUUAUUCUGAGCCGCACACAUCAUAAAACAGGCCACCUUCUCCGCGUCUCCAAAAAAGCCCUCAGACGUCAGCGCUGCGUGCGCGCUCACGACCUAUAUGCAAACCCGUUGCGUGCUCUCUGACGUCACCGCCCUCAGAUCAUCCGAAAUCCCCGAUAACGCGAUGCGCGUUCCCGCUCGGCUCUGAAUGGGGGCUCAGUCCAGCUUCUUGACAGCGAGUCCAGUAGUAUAAUUGUAGACGGCCACGGUCCCACUCGUCCAGUCCGGUCCGCUGUUUUUUCAGACACACCGGUAGUCAACGGCUCUGCUCCCUCCGGUACUCCACAUUCAUUCAGGAAUGAGAAAUGAUGGCCGGCUCUGCAGCAGAGGAGAAAACCUUCCGACGGUUCCUGGAGCUCUUUCUUCGGGAGAUGAGAAUGCCUCUGCAGGAGAGCGACCCGGUGCCGAUGCGCCCCUUGUCGGACCUGGUGACUGAGGACGAGGUGGAAGGGGAAUGCCUCGACCUGUGUCUCCAACACCUCUACAAAUAUAACUGCCCGUGCUCCCUGGCUGCCGCCUUGGCCAGAGCCACAGCAGACAGCCUCCUGCAGACUGACCUCUCCAUCCACCACCUCAAUAAGACUGUAGAAGAUGGAGCUGACCCAUUACCACAGAUGGAGUCUGUGAAGCUAGCCCGGCUGGUGUUUAAUAGACUGUUUGAGAUGUGCUGCCACUGGCUGAAAGAGCUGCCCUUCCGCCGCCGCCCACAGCCGUACUACGAAACAUCCAUCCACGCCAUCAAGAACAUGAGGCGCAAGAUGGAGGACAAGCACGUCAUCAUUCCUGACUUCAACACACUCUUCAAUAUUCAGGACCAGGAAGAACAGGCUUACUUUGCUGUGUUUGACGGUCACGGCGGCGUGGAUGCUGCCAUUUAUGCUGCCAACCACCUCCACGUCAACUUAGUUCACCAGGAAUCCUUCAGCCAGGACCCCAGCGAGGCCCUCUGCAGAGCCUUCAAAGUCACAGAUGAACGCUUUGUGAAGAAGGCAUCACGAGAGCACCUGCGUUGCGGCACGACAGGCGUGGUGACCUUCCUGCGGGGUCGAACGUUGUACGUGGCCUGGCUGGGAGACUCCCAGGUCAUACUGGUCAGGAGAGGACAGGUUGUGGAGCUGAUGAAACCACAUAAACCGGACAGAGAGGAUGAGAAGCAGAGGAUCGAGGCUCUGGGAGGAUGUGUGAUCUGGUUUGGCACAUGGAGGGUUAACGGCAGUCUGUCUGUAUCCAGAGCAAUAGGCGACUCAGAGCACAAGCCCUACAUCUGUGGUGAUGCAGACCAUGGUAUCUUCCCAUUGGACGGUUCAGAAGACUACCUGAUUCUGGCCUGUGAUGGCUUCUGGGACACAGUGAGUCCAGAUGAGGCGGUGCGCGUGGUCAGUGACCACCUCCAGGAGAACACUGGAGACACCACCAUGGUAGCCCACAAGCUGGUGGCCUCAGCCCGUGAUGCGGGCUCUAGCGAUAAUAUCACCGUCAUAGUGGUCUUCUUGCGGGACCCCCGCUCCCCACCACCCACCAGCACAGAGGACGAGGAGGAAGGUGUGGUGGAGGGAGAAGUUGAGGAGGAGGAGGUCACGGAGGUAGAAGAGGAGGAACAGGAAGAUGAGGAGGAGGAAGACGAGGCAGUCAGGGUAGAGCGAGAUGGUGGUGAAGGUGGCAGCACUGCAGACAUUGGGGGGAAGGGUCGCGGAGGCUGGCCCCUGCAGCAGUGCUCGGCCCCCGCUGACCUCGGCUAUGAAGACCGAACGGACUCGUUCACGGACAGAACAAGCCUCAGCCUGUUGGGGCCUUCGCUGGAGGGCCGCAUAUCUCUGACCGAGGGCUCAAGUCAGCCCUGCUCCGACUUUAGCAUCGACCUCUUAACGACCUCCCCCAUCUAUCGAGAAGAACGCCCACAGAGGCGCAGGUCCUGUAUCCCUUUUCAGGAGCCCAGCAUCUCUAGCUUCACGGACCCACUGUGGCCCCAGACAGCCAUGCUGUUAGGCCAGGCAGUGAGGCGAAGCCGCAGGCUCACUUAUGGUAGGCGCCGGUUGGGCCGGAGGUGGCCAGGCACAUCCAAGGAGCUGCUAGGCUUGUUGCCAUUUAGCCAGUUGCUGCCGCACAAUGAGCGCUACUCCAACAGGAGGCCCGGAGUGGCAGUGCCUCAUCUGCCCUAUGAUAACACCAUCUGAAGAGGUGACCCAAACCAAACCAUCUCCUUCAUUUAUUCAGUCCCACUCCCUGCCCCUCUGCCCAUCCUCCCACCUACCCACCUCUGCCUUCAACAACACAUCUUUCUUUGAUAGUAGGUAGUUGUGGCUCCUGCAGUUGUUACGUGAUUAUUGAAUCUCUGUUGGAAGAGUGGUGCUCUCUGUCCUAAGCCGAAAUGUUCCCCAAUGUAAAGCUGGCCCACUAAACACAAGCCCUGCUCUUUAAUGCUGUAGGUAAAGCUCAAAACCAUAUCCUCUCCAUCGAUCAGUCAGCAUGAAGCCAGAGCUGGAAAUGCAGGUUAAUAAGAUGUGUUCAGACUGAAUGUGAAAUCAAUCUGAGAGCCUGUGUGACUCUGCCUCAUGCACGAGGAUAAACAGAGAGGCUUUCAGGAGUUCCAGGUACAUUUUAAAAUCAAUCUCGUGUACUUUCGAUGUGUACUGUUAGCUUAGAGCUUAAGUCUGCAUUGGACUACAAAAGCUGUUCAGUGCAAAGGGGCCAAAAGUUCACUUGCAUUAAGUCUGAACACAAGUUUAAUUUAAAUGCUCGGUCGCUCCACACUCUCAGCAGCAUCUUUCAGCAGAAAUUAUGUAUUAUGACACAUUUGUUGCUCUCAGGUACAUGCAGAAAGAAUACAUUACACUUCCUGGACAAAACUAUGUGGACAGUAUAAAUGGGCUGCAGGGGUUUUGCUCCCUUCCAGCCACAACAGCAUUAGCGAGGUUGGAAAUAAAGUAAUUUCUUGUUACUUAUCGGACGAUAUUAAACCACUACUCAGAUGUUCAUUAAGCUAAUAUUAGCUGGAAAUAUUGGCCAUGCCGAUCGGGUCAGGUCAUGCUCUAGUUGAAGAAGCCUUCCUGAAACCGUUCCCACAAAUUCAAAGGACACUUGUCAUUGUUGCAGUACAGUGGCAUUAAGAGAAAGAGACCAAAGCUACAAAAUACUUUGUGUAUCAUCACUUCCGCGUAUAUUUUUUUUUGUGCAUUUAAGAGAAAAGACAUACCACAUACCAGCAAUGUGACUGUGAUUGCUUCAUUAUUUCUCUUUCCUAAAUGUUGCCCAGGUGCAAACGCAGGGUGACGUGACACAUAUCUUUUGUCUUGCUGCUGAGAAAGUUGAAACGACUGAGCAUUACAUUAAGCUCUGAUGGGCCUAGCUUUCUUCUGUGUCCCCCUUAGCAAUCUUUUGGUGGCAGAUGAAUAGAAAGUUCAUACUGGAGAGGAGGCUGGAACAAUUGUCGCUCCUGGCUUCUGGGACUGAAAGCACAUGCUGUUCUUCCCCCUCCCAUACAGUCAAUGACCCAGCCAUUAUCCAGCCACAAUUUGUCUUCAGAUAAAAGCACUUAACACCGGAUUAUAAAAGAUUAGCAGUCACUUACCUGAAUAAAUGCUUCAUGUAGUCCAGUAUUCCAGAUGGGGAUAUAGUCCUGGAAUAAGGUUUUUUUGUUUGUUUGUUUUGUUUUUUGAGGGGGUUGGGGUAUUUAAAAAAUAUAUUUUUGUUAUAGUUGUCAUUGGGCCACAUAGCUAUUGCAAGUAUUUGAAGUGUAUUUUCUUUAUUUUACACAAAACCCACUGAACAGAAGUAUUUUCCAGCAGGCUUGAUAAGUGCAAACCAUUUAACGUUGGGCCGGGAUAGUUGAAAGCUGCAGAACACGUGCCUUCCAUAUGUGUUACUAAAGCCUACGUCCUUUACACGCAUAUCCACUACUAACUAUUCAUGUGUUGAUAUCAUCAUUAAGGUCAAGUCUGGCUUGUGCUUUCAGUCAUAUUAUUAUGACUAUGUGCCACUUUAAAAGAAUAAUUUGACAUUUUGGGAAGUACAUUUAUUUGCUUUCUCGCCAAGAGAUAAUAAGAUUGAUACCACUCUAUGAGCUAAAUAUGAAGCUACAUCCACUAGCCGUUUAGCUUAGCUUAGCAUAAAGGCUGGAACAGGGGGAAAAGCUAUUUAGCUUAAAACAGUUUAGCUCUGUCUUUUGAUGUUUGCGGCAUUUAGGUGCAAAUUUACGAGCCUUUAAAGGUUCAAAAUGAGACUUACGGCAGGGGAAAAACUCCUAGCUUAGCUCUGCCCAAAUGCAAAAAGAAAAUCAGCAAACUAUUUGUGGUUAUUGCAUCUCUGUUUGUGUAUUCAUUAAAUCAACAACACAGAGCUAUUUUGAGAGUUUUAUGCUAAGCUAACAGGCUGCUGGCUGUACAGCAGUUUAGCGUGCAGACAUGAGAGUGGUAGUUAAAGUGAAUAAGCAUAUUCCCCAAACUGUCCAUUAAGAUUCAAAAACAUAAAGAGAAUCUGCACAUUUGUGUGCCUCAGUAGCUUGAGGUUAUAGAAAAAAAAAGUUUUCUAUCUUUAAAUAAAGUUGUGGUGUUAACAACCCCUACAACACAAUACUACACAGCGAACAUCCCAGUCAUCACCAUUUGCUAUAUAGCUCCUGCUACUAGUGUAAUCCACUGAGACGGACUCCGCAGAGGCCCCAGAGCGCCUUUAUAAUUGGAUCUUUCUCCGAUCUGAUCUAGAUUCUUCAAUGGAGUACCCCCACUCUGCUGUCUAACACUGACAGUGCAGAACUUAAGUUAAUGUUUGCAGCCCUCUUUCAGAGACUGAACUUGUUCGGAACACCUGGCUAAGAAAUAAAAGCCAGUCUUCUAUCUGCAUUCAUUGGUUUCAUAUAACACCAAAUAUGAUAGGUAGUCCAUUCUAUAGAGUUCGUAUUUAAUGCUAAUUCAUAACCAUAAUCAACAAACAACUAUGUACUCAUCAAAUUAUAAUCCUCCCGCUAAAGUAUUAUAGUACCUAAUACCCAGUUAACUUGGUGAGACUGAUCUGUGGAAACACUGCUUUAAAUGUGUAACUAUCUUUGGAAUACGCACAAUAACGUAACUGUAUCUAAGCAUACUUGAUGACUGUAAACUAACUGUACCACACAGAUGUUAUGAAACUAUGAAAUCGUACGUAAGCCCUUUCAAAGUACUAAAAUGACCCCUGUUCCUUUUAACAUGCUUGAACUCCUUUGGUUGCCUCUUACAAAUGACUGUUCCCUAAGCCCAGCCCGUCUUAGUUACUGAUGGCUGUCAAACAUUUGAUUCUCGCAUAUUACGCAUAUGAAAACGACAACGGUGGCUCAUUUACAUAUCAAAAAACAAUGGGUCCUCAAUUUUAAACAGACGUUACACAAAAGCAGCCACAUUUGAACUUCCUAUUUUGGCUGAAAUGACACGUUUAUUUUAUCCUAGCUAGCUAGUGUUGUGUCUGGUUGAUUUGGAAACAAGAACCCUGUAAAAAAAUAUGGUAUUAAAUACGCCUUUGAUGGCUGCAUACUGAAGAGGACAUAAGGCAGAAAGACUGAGGGUAAUACUGCACAUUCCAGGCAAAAAGUUAGCAUGCCGGUUAUGAGAUUUAUGUUAUACCGUUUUAAUUUUUAACUUUACAUAUUACACUUUAUAUAGCCCCAUGUACGCCGUUUUGACAUGCAGUGAAAUGAAAAGUUUGACAGACCUGCCGUGCUGUGUUACAGUUUCUAAGCUAUGAUUGGACAUUUGCAUUUCGGGGGAAUGGGCUUACCGAUUUGUCAUUUGGACACAUUAAUUCCCUCACAUUCCCAAACAUUCAUUCCACAUUGUUUGGUUAAUUCAGUAAAUGUCAGGAUUUUUGUAAUGACCAGGUUCUGUAAAUUGUGCCUCCACUUUCCUGGCUUAUGAAACACCCACAAGGGGUGUGAUAUUGAAAACAGGUGAUUCAUUAGACAACAGGUACUCUUUUAUUUUUUUCAUCUUUGACAAAGAAGGCAAUCACCUCCCCUUUUGGUCUUGCUGGUAGACGGGGACUCGCCUUUACUUGAGCUCUCCAUUGUUUCAUUUCACUCUCCUGUAACCAUCCCAUGGACUGACUAGUGAAGAGCAUCAGACUGUCAGUGGAGCAGAAUGUACCUCAUGUCCCAGAACAUCCUCAAAGACUCUGCAAAGUGGGUCGACAUGAGGUGGUGUGUCUUUGGGAGAUCCUUCUUCUUCUUUUCCGGGGGCGUCUAUCUAUCAGGAAUGUACUGUCGAGACACUCAACAAACUGAAGCCACUGGAUCCCUUUGUGGGAGUGUCACUACAGUCUCCAGAAGCGUUGGUUGAUAGCCGAGAGAAGAUGGGUGAAGCAUCUGAAAACAAUGGAAAUCACAGUCAUUUCAAAUAUUCACUUAGGCACGGAUGCGUAUGUAUAUUAUAAGUACUAAUAUUGAGUUGAGCAAAUGCUGGAGGAGUGUACAUAUAAUAAUUGUCUUGUAAAUCAGUGGUUUUAAUCCAUGCUUCAGGAGGCCCGACUGUUGGGUCACAUGUUGGACUGUCACAAAUCUCCCACCACCAGACUGAGGUGGAUGUGGGAAUGAUGUUAUUGAACCGCUUGAGAGGCAUCAGUCUAUAAACCCUGCCUCUGCCUUCAAGAGCUGCUAAAGCAUAAAAAGGUGUUGAACCGGUCUGGCUUUCGUUGGAGAGUUGUAGUGUCCCAUCGUGGCCUAGCUGCUGUUUCACCCCGCUUUCCUGCCCUGACAUGAAUACAGAUCUGGGUAAAAACAUCCAUAAAGAUGUUAAUUAUCAACAUAAAAUACUCAUCCCCAAUCUGCAGAUUCGACUAAAAAUGUUGUAUCAGUACCAGCCUUAAAAAAAAAAGAAAACACAUCUUGCCAAUCAGAAUAUAUCAGUAGUUCGUAGGUUUUCAUUUCAAAUCUGAAGGUGUUAGAUGAUUAGCGUGGUGUUGAUUAGAGAUGAGGAACACGGUAAAAUGGAAAAUUGAGCCUAACUUAGAGUCACUGUGUUGUCUUUUAGAUCACCGAUGAGAUCUUUUAACCGAUCACACAGGGCAGUAGAGAAGAGGGAUCAAGGGUUUUUCUCAGGAUCUUGUUAUAAUGACAAUGAUUUCUUUAGCCAUAGUUAUACACAGGGAGAAUGGUGAAUCCUCGAAUUGAUGAGAAUAAGAGCUUGAUCAGAAUGUUAAGCAGACAUUAUGCUUUCCAUGGUCACCAUCUUGGUUUAGCGUGUUCGGAUUUAAACAUUUGCGGAUUUGGUAAAAAGCAAGUAGUGGACCAUUUUGAGAUGAAAUAAUAGGGUCAGCGCAAAAUGGCUGCUUUGAAAAAGGUCUGUUGUGUGUGCUAAGUAGAAACCUUGGCAUCACCAAGGGGAACGUUUCUGUACCAAAUGUCAAGGCAGUCCAUCCAAUAGUUGUUAGGAUAUCUCACUGUGGACCAAUCAUCAUGGGACUAACCCAUCCCCAGAGCCAGACUGGCUCUGGUUCUUCUUACAAUGAGACGCUACGUCAUUAUAACAAGAUCUUUCUUUGUGUUUCUUGUAAAUGGUAGCAGAUCUGCGCUGCCAUGGAAAACUGCUGUGUGUACAGACUGAAGCAUGUUGUAUUUGUGGCCACGCCUCAGAGCAGCUGUGCAGUGAAGCAGUAGUUUUCUGUCCCCUGUGAUUCACGGUUGAUUUUUUCAAAUCACUGAUGUAGUUUCAUGGCAGGUCAUUGCACUGCACUCUGGAGGGAGAGACGUAACACAACAGUGACAAGGAUCCAUGGGUCGCUUUCACCAAAAACCUUGUGAAUUAGUUAUAUAAAGUGUUAAUCAUCAUAUCAAAGUUGUCACUGUAUGAGCAAUAAAAACGUUUACCAUCAUUCCUUGUGGUAAAACCUCUACCUAAGCUCAAGAAACAUACACGUCCUCCCUCCCUCAUGCUCUGCUUACACUAAAGGUUCCUCUGAGUCGGAUGUUUCCCUCCCCUAAUGACGAAAGUAAGCAGACGUUCAGCUCUGCUCUCCCAUAAUCACUGUCUAACUAUAGGGCCCUCCAUGAAUCUGCACUGUGUGUCUAUGUACACAAAAAAGCUUUUCUUUUUCUCUGUAAGCAAUAAUGACGUUGCAUUAAAAGGCUCUCUGAGGGUUUGUCUUCUGCUGAAGGAUGCAACAAAAUUGUAGUUCUGUCAGCCAUACUUGAAAGGUCACAGAGCAUAAAUACUGAGUUCCUGAAGUUAAUUUCCUAUUCAUUUUUCCCAUAGAGAUUCAGAUUGGAGUGAUAAUCUGCUGCCCAGUGGUAAAGUUCAUUUACCACACCCCUACACCUCCUGUAAGAAGUUUGCGACCAGCUCGAGUUUGAAUGUUAAAAGUUAAAUGAGCUGCACGACCACGGAAAAAUGAAUGUGAAGCUUUCUUCUUGCUGUGAUAAAAGGAGGCAGGACAUUUGGGUUGUUUCGGCAUUCCUCAGCAGUUUGUGUACAUUUGAAAAGAUUGUCUGGUGUUUGGACCUCUUGGACCCAUGCACUCUGUUCAAAUGUAGGCCAGUGGCUUCAUGUGGAUGAGAGGGGGCAAGGGGCUAAGAUCACCAAGGGCUGUGAUAGGUCCCGACCUACAGACCUGUCCUUCUUGUCCUUUAUAAUGGAAGACAAACCCCACGAUUGGCUCUUCUUCAACAUGCAGGUUAGGUUUAAAAAAAGAAAAAAAAAAGAAACAGUAAAACACAUGUUGAGUACCUGUAUUAUCUGUGUUCCUGUAGUAUAUAAAUAUGUGUAUUGUAACUGGUGACUAAUUAUCAUGUAUAUAAAGAUUAGACCAAG